AUGUAAGACGAUCGAGUUUUGGAGCGCAGUCCAUAAGAUACAUUGCGAAUCCCGCCGAGAUUAUCGAUGAUGGAGAAGAAAUGCAGUGGUCGUUUCACGUUUGUGAAGACCCAAGCUGAGGAACAGAAAGAAGUAGUUUAAAACAAUAUGAAUCGAAUAAAGUAGCAAUUCAGAUGUUAACUCAACCACAUAAUAAACAAGCCAACUUAACCUCUCUAGAUGAGAGAAGAACAAUUGUUGGAGUUGGGUAGGAAAUUGGAUAUUGAAAUAACAUCAAGUGAUGUUGAAAACAUUGUACCGAAUACAAAAGAGUUUUUUGAAGAAUAUGAGAUGCAUGAAAGAUUAGGUGAAGGUUGUUUAGGGUUGGUUAAGAGAGUAGUAUUAAAGAGAACAGGACAGGAAUUCGCAGUAAAAAUUGUGGCUACCUAAGAUGAUGAGAUUAUAAGGAAUAUGAUUCACGAGUUUAAGAGAUUAAUCAAAUUAUCACAUGCCAAUAUAGUUAAAGCUUACAAAAUGUAUUUGGACUUUGAUAAUGGAUUCUAAUCUGAGAGUCAGGCCUAUGUGAUAUUGGAACUCAUAAAGGGGAAGGAAAUGUUCGAAGUAAUAAAUGAGGCAGGACAUUAUAGUGAGAAUGAUGCAAAAGAAUUAUUCAAAUAGUUGCUUAGUGCAAUUGAAUAUAUGCAUAGAAAUGGCAUAUGUCAUAGAGACUUGAAACCUAACAACAUUCUCUGUCUCUCCGAUCGGAAACUGAUAAAAGUCACAGAUUUCAAUGUUAGUAAAUUCAGUGAUUCUUACAAAGAAUUUGGCAAUUUGUAGGAUACUGAAAAAAUUGAAAUGUGGACUUAUACAGGAACUGUGGCAUUUUCAGCCCCCGAAAUAUUCACAGGUGAAGGAUACAAUCAAAUGGUAGACAUGUGGAGUGCAGGAUGUAUUUUGUAUUCGAUGUUGUCUGGUCAAUUGCCAUUCAAUGCAGAUUAUUUGAAUGAUCUAAUCGAGUCUAUCAAAUUAGCCAAAUAUGAGUUCCCUGAAGAAAUCUUCCAAGAAGUCUCGAGUGAAGCCAAGGAUCUAAUCCAGUAGUUGCUUCAAAAAGACCCAGGUCUCAGACCCCAUCCUGAUGAGGCUCUCAAUCAUCCUUGGUUCGCAGAGAGCAUUGUUAUACGAAAAAGCUUAAGACACCUGACAAUAAAUAAGAACAUAUCUCAUCUUUCUUCUAGGAACUCGAACAAACUAAGAUAAAGGACCAUCCUUUUAUAGAGAGGCUAUUAUGGAGGUUCAAGUGAUGGAGAUGAAGGAUGUACUACUGUACAGGAGAUGAAAGUUAAGGGGGCUGCUCGAAAAAGUCUGUUUAAUACUGCAUUGGCACCAAUGGAGUUGUUAUCAGACAAUAAAUGCUUGAAGGUGUAGAAUGCAGUACUUCGCAAGUCAAAUACAACUCAUAUACAUGAUUUUACAUAAAAUGAUGAAUAGUGA